AUAAGCAGGUAUCCAUGUAUGUAGGAAUUAAUGGAAAUUCACAUAUAGGAUCUAUUGAUCUUGACAUUUAUAUACUUAUGUGAAUUAAAGCAACUUCUACCAUAAAGAAUGGAAUCACGUUCAAAAAAGAAGCGUCGUUCUUCGAUUUUAAAGAAAUCUCCCCACAGAAAAUCUUUGGUGAACCCCGAUGUUGUUGCCACACAAGUUAAUGUGAGUGAAUCUGUAACAUACAGGAAUGAAGAGGAAAAGAGAGGUUUGAGCAGGAGAGUAAGCUUUGCCAACACAUAUCAAAUCAAAGAAAUUUCUAGAGUUGCAGAUAUUGCUGAGAAAUGGCCGGAUUCUACUUCAGAUAUUGACACAACAAAAAUUGGAGAUAUUUCCAAGUUGAGUGCACAGCAUUCUCUCACAGGGUUGAAUGCUUUGCUCUCAGCACCACUGCUUAACCAAGCAAAUCCCAACACUCCCAAACAGACCAAUGAAAGUUGCCCUGCCAGCACAACCAUAGACCCAGUAGCCAAGAUAACCAGCUCAAAUGAAGUUGCCCCAUCCCCAAAUCAAAAAAAUGAAGAAAUUAUCAUUCCUUCUUUCCUCAAAGGGUUCACAGACGAUGGCCAAAUAUCAGAGAAUAAAACCCAGCUUUCUAAUAGUUCUGAGUUUUCUAUAAAUACUGAAGUCCCUGCUAUUCCUACUUUUCUACAAACCAUUCAAGAUACUGGAAUAUUAAAAGAAAACGAUCAAAAUCCUGCACAAGUUCAAGUUAAGACUCCUACAUUUCUUCUUAAUGCUGAUUCAAAUGCAUCGAUACCUUCACAAAGUGAAGAAAACACCAAUAAUUCAAACAAGACAAUUAAUUGCAAUGAAGACAUGGACAUAACAAUGAUCAAAACAUCAAGUCUUCCACAAAAAUCUCUUUAUGUAGAUAUGUCUUUUCAAAACGAGUUAUGUAAGGAAAAUGAAAAAACAACCUAUGAUGACCUGGAUAUGGAAUUGACAAAAAUCACAGGCAAGUAUUUUGCUGCUCAGAGCAUUGGUAAUGGCCCCUUGAAACGAAGUGAGUUAAUACCUAGUGAUGAUAUGGAAAUGACCUGCAACUUUAAAACUAGCGUUAGUGGGGUUACUUCUACUAACAUGGAUUCAAAGCAGAGUGAACACCGUAGUGACGAUGAUAUGGAAAUGACUUGUCAUUUAAAAACAGUAGCUUCCACCUCUAACAAGAUUUUAAAGCAAAGUAAUAUAGUGAGUGACGAUAUGGAAAUCACCUGCAACUUAAAAACUGAAGUGGCUUCUUCGACAAAAGAAAAAUCAGUUUUAUCAAAUGAAGACAUGGAGAUGACCUGCCACAAGCUUAACAAUGUGUCACACCAACUGACCACAGUUGUAACUGACCCAAAUAUAAAUUCCUCUUGCAAUGGUGGUCAAAAAAGUGACGAUUCGAUGGAAUUAACCUGCCAUACAUUACACAACAAGCACAGGGUACAUCUACCCCUGCCAAGUCAAACUUCCGCAACCGCAUUUUCAUUUAAUGUUUCACAGAGUGACUCUGUCAGUAAAGGGACCGAUAACUUAGCUGAUAAUGAAAUGGAAUUUACAUGCAAACUCAAACCUACUACCCACUCAUUUCCUGCACAGUGUGAUCUAAGUGAGAAUGAUAUGGAAUACACAUGUAAUGACUUUGUUAAAUUUCAAAAUAAAAAUGUAGGCAUUGAAUCACUAGAAAUUGGAGGGGGAAAAACUUCCAUGGCUAAAGCACUGCCGGAAAAAUCCAAUGCUGUUACGGAGGGUAGCACAGUUACUUGUCCAGAUAAAACUAAUGAUGUUGGGUGUUUAAACACAAGUGACAUGCAAGUUACAUGCGUACAAACCUUUCAUAAACCACCUACCAACUCUGCUGAUUCUGAAAGUAAUUCUAAUGUAAACAAGCCUAUUUCAACUAAAGAUAUCUCUCAAUCUACCAUAACCAGCAGUUCAGAUAUGCCUUGUCAAAGCACCAUACCUUUAACUACUGUGGAGCAAAAUGUAAAGGCAAAUGCUAGAGAAAUAAUUAAUGAUAAAAUAGAACUGGAUAAUCUUUGUUCAAAUCCUCAAGAUGGAGUUGUAGAAUCUAGUUCCACAAAUCCUAUCGAUGGUUUAGGAUUUUCAAAUAAUAAAGUGAGUCUCAAGACUGUUUUUGCUGCAUCAGCAGUUAGUUCAACUGAGGUGGAAUUGCAAGCUUGUACAUCUGGAUCAAGUAUUUUGGUGGAAAACAAAAUCCCACUGUCUGAACUAGAAACAGACGUAGACUUAAUAGAAAUAGAAAAUGAAAAAUUCGCUACGGAGGUUGUAAUAGAUGACUUUGAACCAAAGUUGUUGCAAGACGAAGUACAAGAAGCAACCAUGGACGUUAUGUUGUCCAAAGUUGACUCUGGCCCAAGUAUUCGCUCCAAACUCUCAAGAGCAAGAAGUUCUAUAGCAUUAUAUAGACGAAGAAUGUCGAGUACGAGUUCGUCAGAUAACCAAGACUCCUCUGACAGCAGUUUAUCCAGUCCUGGAGUUGUGAAGGACACAGAGCAUUCUAUACAUGAAGGCGAACAUGUUUUACCCCAGGAUAAGUCCGAAACCGACUGCUAUUUAAAUAUAAGUAACCGAACAGAAGAAACUGCACCAGUUGAGGAUAAAGCUGGUGUAGAUGUGUGCUCAUUUCAACGUAAGAGAAGUUUCGAUAAAGCAGAAAUGGGAAGUGAAAAUUCAAGCGACGUUUUGCCAAAACAAAUUAAGCUGAAUGAAAGUAACGAAGAAUUCAUAAACAGUGAAGAUAAUAUUAAUUAUGGAAAGGAGAGCGACUUACUGACAAUUGCAUCAAUUCCCCUUCCUAUGACCGAUACAUUGGAUGAUGUAAAUGAAUUUUCAUCAUUGGACAUAGACGAGUUCUUGAACCGUUACACUGACAUAAAAAUUACAGACAGUAAAAUGAACUCAGGACGAGAAAGCGUGUUUGAUCACGGGCCAAGUGAACCCCCACAGUCAGUAGGAGAAUUGACCACGAGUAUUUUCAUGCAUGCCAAGAACCUUCCUAUCUAUUCUGAGUUCAUCAGUUCGUUGACUAAGAAAGUGGAGAGCAUCCAGGAUGAGUUGAAGCUCCAGAAAUCUGAGAUCUCGAAAAAUAAUCCUGAGAUAAUGAAUGCGAUCCGAUUUGGCCCUGUAGAUCAAUCUAAGAGGUUGAAAGAAAAAGUUGAACAAAUCGCUGAAUGGAGCAAGCGCUUGGCCCAUGCGCAAUGGCAAGUUACGAAAAGCAAGCUUCACAAAAGUCUCACAGUCUCGAUGAAUAUGACACUUGAUGACGAUAUACAACCCAUAGUUGAUCAAAUUGCUGAGUUCGGAAAACCGACCGAACUUCUUGAAAAGGUUGCCCAAGAUAUAGAUGACGAGAAUUCUUUACUUGAGAAGCAAGCCAUGGAGGUAUCAGAGAUGGGGAAUCCCCCUUCUGAUGAACAAGUAGAGCAAUAUCUUGCAGGGAAGGAAAAAAUUGAGAAAUUACAAUCACAGCUUUCAGCAAGUGUGGAAAUAAAAGAAAGAAAUGUAAGAUGUGAAAAAACGUGGCACGACAAAUCAAAGUUGUUGUGGCAAGCUGUGCAAAAUAAGCUCGACAGCGAACGAGAGGGCAGAGAAAAAAUAAAAGCAAAGAAAGUUAAAUCUCAGGAACUUGAUUUUAAUAAAAGUUUGGUUCCAUGGCGCUUAGUGGCGGACGAUGAAACAAUGAAAGUCUUCAGUUUCCUAAGAGGUAGCUUGUUAUUGAGGUUCAACACAAAUAACUUGGGAAGGGUCGUUAGUUGCAACAUAGAGUCGAAAUUAGAAGACCAAGGAAUUCCCUUUGCAGCUUCAGAUGUUGAAAUAUUUAAGUUUAUUCAUGGUUUGAUACAACGUAGAUAUGAAGAAAAAACAUAUCUUCAAAUGUCACCUCGUACAGCAAAAAUAAACAAGGCCUUACACAAGUUUUCAAGCGAGGCAUGCGCUGGAAAUCGACUGUAUCGCGACAUUAUCGACCUCACAAUGGAUUACGAACAUUGCCAAGUUGAAAUACACAACGAUAAGCUUAAUGUGGGGUUUGGGGGGUUUUCUCCUAACCUGUGCAGCUUUUCUGUUGAUUUUUUCUUCACAAAAGAUGGGAGAUCGGAACUACGCCCGAUAUCUUAUUCCUACGUUGAUUCUGCUGCAAACUUUGGUAUUUUCAGUCAGAAAAAAGUUGAAUCUGUCCUUGAUAAAAUCCCUCAAGAUUUUCAUUAUCUUUCCAUGAUGAAGAAAGCAUUAGUGGACAUGAUAAGAACUGAGCAAUAAAUUACAUCAUUAUAUCUUAUAAUAUAUAGAUAACAUAAUUCAUUUAAAACAGGUUAAAGAAUUUCAAUAAAAGUGAUUUGCAACCUGCAGAAUAAUACGCCCAGCAAGAUGUAUGCUGCUAUGAGUGCUUACUGUUCUUAAAUGGGAAAUAUGUUGUAUAGUGUCCCUACCCCACAACCUAACCUAUUCAUUAGUCAACUCACACACUCAAAGUCACUGCAGACAGAAGUAUCUAUAAGACACAAAUCUGCACUAAUUGCCAUGCAAUAGGUUAUAAACAAAAAAUAUUUUUAAACAUAUUUUGCUACUGUUUUGCAUUGAAAAAUUCCAAGUUUUGUCUGUAGUGACUAUAGGUUUUUAUCAACAUCAUAUAGUUUUCCAUCAACAUCACCAUCACCAUUUCUCUCAUUUUACUGCCAAACUUUUAUGAUGCUAUUCAGUCUAAUGCUAAUGCUCUGGUUCUUUUUUUUUUACCAUACGUCUAAGCAGGGUUCUCUAACUUUUAUAGUAUCAUGUGUUUUCAUGACCCAUUUUGAUGCUCUGGAUCUGUUAGUGGUGCACCACAAUUAUAAAACUUCAUAUGGUACUCCAUUACACAACACAUGCCAACAAUUUUUUGGUUAAUGUAAAUUUGUAAAACUUUCGCAAUACAUUCAAUUCAACGGUUUUUUUACAACACAUAGUUUAGAAACCCUUUCCUUACAGCUCAGUUUUUCCAACUCCUGCUGUAGCUACUUUUAUGGUCUCUUUAUUCAUAUUGAACACACAUAAACUUUUUAGCAUAACUGAACUAACGCCGCCAUCUUAAGUUAAUGUUAAUAUAUGAAAAAGAAUAUUUUAAAGUGCCUAUUGUUUGGUUUAUAUAAUACAACUCCCGCAGACUGAAGUUCAUUUUUUACAUUUUAGUUUUCCUUUAAAUGUGCAUUCAAUUCUAUAACUUUUAAGUUGUGUUUUUCAUUUGUUCUGGUUCAUUUUCGAACUGGUAUAAUUAUUAUACCAUUAGAUCUGUGUAUCAGGUUCAUUGGUUCUACAUUUUUAAUAAAUAGUUUACAUGAAGUUGGA